AUGACGCGGACACUUUGUCCUGCAAAAUCUGGAGGAAUAGGAGACGGGAUGUGGAUGGUGCCUGAAGUCAACGAUAUUGUAAGCACAGCUGAACCCGAAGAUGAAGGAAGAAACUUAACAUCUGAGGAUUGUAAUCCAAAGCUACAGAAGGUUGUAAGCAGGGAAUCAGGUGGCAUCCCAACAGAAGUUUCAAGGGUGCAUCAUGCCAUCCGAAAAUUAUAUAGAAAAGUCAGAAAUUUUGAGAGUGCAUCAGCUUCUGCAAAGACAGCACAUGAGGCUCUACCAAAGGAUUUUUCCAUAUCUGUCAACCCAAAUAUUGCUCAGUCAAAUGCUAAAAUAAAAUAUUUAAUGGUUAUAGGAAUCAAUACAGCUAUUAGUAGCAGAAAACGAAGAGACUCGGUUCGGGAAACUUGGAUGCCACAAGGUGAAAAGAGAAGGAAGCUAGAGGAAGAGAAGGGCAUUGUUAUACGCUUCGUUAUUGGUCACAGUUCAUCAUCUGGUGGUGUUGUUGAUAAAGCUAUUGAAUCAGAAGACAGAAAGCAUGGAGACUUUUUGAAGCUGGACCAUGUUGAGGGCUACCAAGAAUUGUCAGCCAAGACAAAGACAUAUUUCGCUACUGCCUUUGCAUUGUGGGAUGCAGAUUUCUAUGUCAAAGUCGAUGAUGAUGUUCAUGUAAACAUAGCAACACUAGCAAGGACUUUAGUUAGUCACCAUAAUAAGCCCCGGCUAUAUAUCGGUUGCAUGAAGUCUGGUCCCGUACUAUUUCGAAAGGGAAUGAAAUAUCAUGAACCAGAGUUCUGGAAGUUUGGUGAUACAGGAAACAAAUAUUUCCACCAUGCUGCAGGACAAAUAUAUGCUAUAUCAAAAGAGUUAGCUGCUUAUAUAGCAAAGAACCAGAAUGUGCUGCACAAGUACGCUAAUGAAGAUGUUUCAUUAGGAGCUUGGUUUAUUGGAUUAGAUGUGGAGCAUGUUGAUGAUAGGGGAUUUUGUUGUGGUAGCCCACCUGAUUGCGAGUGGAAUUCUCUAUUUGGCGACCUCUGUAUUGCUACAUUUGAUUGGAGCUGCAGCGGGAUUUGCAAUUCUUCUGAGAGGAUCAAGGAAGUUCAUGACCUCUGUAGUGAGGAUGAAAUUUAUGAAGAGAAGGUCUUAGCUUCUCUCAAUGAGGAGAAGCGGGCAUCAUCUGGUGCCUUUUGCCUUAUGUUGGAGGAACAGAACUAG